AUGGCACGAAGUCAAGAAAAAGCCCAUUCUAUGCUUAAUAGAUGGAAAUUAAUGCAAAAUGAUCAGGAAAUAGGAAACCUUCAAAUUAAACCUAAACAUCCAGAUCAAUGUAAAACAAUACAAGCAGCAAAAUAUUGGAGACAAAUGAUUAUUAAAGAAAUGGGACAAAAAGUAAGUGAAAUUCAAAAUGGUACUUUAGGAGAAAAUGCUAUUCGAGCAUUAAAUAAUGAGAUAAAUAGUUUAAAUAAAGAAAGAAUACAGUAUGAGCGUAAAAUAAAACAAUUAGGUGGUGUUUCUUUUGGAAAAAAAACAAAAGAGUCUGAUGAGUUUACUUUCUUUGGUGCUGCUCAAUAUUUACCUGAAGCAAAAGAAUUACAGAAAAGAAAUAAUAGAAAAUUAAUGUCAAAACAAGACAUACAAUUAUUAGGGGAAGAGUAUUAUGGAAUGGAUGACUAUGAAACUAAUGAUUUAUUAGAAGAAGAGCUUUCAAUACAAAAUGAAUUAAAACAAACUUUACAAAGUAAUCAAUAA